UGGAGAAGGGUGGAACACGUAAUUUGGUCAACCAUCGAAAACAGUAGUUGGCAGAGACAGAGAGAACUUGCAACCAGAAAAAGUUGACUUGUUCCAACCUCCCAGUUAAAAGAUAGCCCAACUAUUAACUUGGACCCAUUUCAAGGUUACUGAUGAAUUGUGAGCUCUGGCUUUGGCACAUCUGGAAUGGCACUGCAGGGAUUCAGUGUUCAAGCAUUGAGAUGGACAUCAUUCUUAAGUAUUUGUAUGGUUACCAAGAACAACAGGAGCUGCUUCACCAGGGAAUUCCAGUUGCCGAAGCAUCAAGCUGUGCAAACAAGCCAAUAAGAUCCGAGCUCAAAAAGGAGGAUAGAUUGAGAGACCAAUUCCCUCUCCACAAGCUACUUGUCUUAGAGCUCUGUAGACAUAAUCCAAGGCAGAUGCUGUAGUUUGUUCAGAUAGAUGAGACAAUAUGAUUCCUUUAUAUUCUUAAUCUCCAUAGUCAUAGCUUCAUAUAUGGAUUGGGCUCACCCAGAUUCAUGAGAUUUGGCCGACUACAACAUCUCCAUGUCAAAUAAAGGUAUCCAUUCUAUGAACCUCCCAGAACAACCACAGGUUGCUUUCAGUGACGAACAAGAAACACAUGGCCCUUAUCAGAAGUCGAAGAAGGAUUCGGGAAGGAAUGCAAAAUUCGUGGACGCAGGAGCAACACACCUUUAGCUUAUUAAGCUUCCCUUCUCCUCCUCACCCCCUCUCACCAAAAGAUGCCAACUUCUUCCACAUUUUCUCCCGGAGAUGUUGUCAUCUCAGCUGUUAGCCUCCUUGUUUUCGCUUUGUUAGAUCUUCUGGACUUCAUUCUCUGCUACUUCUAUAGGUUUCUUGAUGUUAUUCUUGAGGGGAACCCAGUCCCAUGCUACUGCCAAAGGAGAGGAAGAGAGGAGAGGUCUGAUGGAGAGGGAGGAGAAGAGGUGUCAGAGACUUUGCAUGGGAGAAGAAACCUUUUCAGAGAAAUGGGCUUUCCAUUUUGGAAAGCAGCAUCAGAUGGAGAGGAAGAAAGGGGUGAGCUAAGGUUUCCCAGGUGGUCUGACUGUAGCUGUAUCUCAUGCUUGUCUUGGCAAGAGAGGGGGCAAGACAAGCUUCACUUGGCUGUGAUGGAACCAUCAUCUCAAGGUAGAAAGAAAGAGUGCGAUACGGAUUCAACUGAAAGUGUAGUUUUUCUACAUGGAUUUCUUUCUUCCUCCUCGCUUUGGGUGGAGACAGUCUUCCAUAAUCUUUCCAAGGUGACCAAACAAAGCUUCAGGAUGGUUGCAGUGGAUCUCUUGGGUUUUGGCAGAAGUCCAAAGCCAACAAACUGCACGUAUACAGUGCGAGAACACCUCGACAUGAUUGAGGCAUCUGUGAUCAGGCCACUGGAGCUGAAUUCCUACCACAUAGUUGCUCACUCCAUGGGCUGCAUCAUUGCAUUGGCCAUGGCAGCCAAGCAUCCUGAGUCUGUUAAAUCCCUCACAUUGGUUGCGCCACCAUGCUUUGACUCGACAGAAGAGGAAGCAAGUCACACCGCACUGAACAAAUUAGCUGAAAGGAGAGUGUGGCCACCAUUACUGUUUGGCUCUGCAGUCAUGUCAUGGUAUGAGCACAUCGGCAGAACUGUUUGCUUCAUCUUCUGCAGAAACCAUUCGACAUGGGAAUGGAUGAUGAAGCUAGUCACAAGGAGAAGGGCUCUCAGCUUCCUGUUCAUGGAUUUAAGCAAGCAUACCCAUCAUUCGGCAUGGCACACAAUGCACAAUGUGUUAUGUGGGGGUGCCAAAUUGGUGGACAAGCACUUGGAAGCUGUGAGAAAGGCUAAAAUGCCAGUGACAGUGAUCCAUGGAGACAAGGAUCAAUUGGUGCCAAUGGAGUGCAGCUACAACCUGAAAUCCAAACUCCCCCAUGCAGACCUCAAAGUUAUGAAUGGCAGAGAUCAUUCUUCUGUGAUCUUGGGCAGGGAAAAGAUGUUUACAUGCGAACUGGAACAGAUUUGGUCCACUUCUACCAAUUGCACUCACAUACCACACUCAUAAAUGAUUAUUUAUAUAUAUAUAUAUAUAUAUAUAUAUAUAUAUUUCUUAGAAUUAUAUAUGCAUAUAAUUCAUAGGCCAUAAUAUUAAGACUAUGCUGGUCCAAAACCGGGUGCGCCCAGUUGCAUGACUCACCCAACAAAACCACCGGCGGUGGGGCCCUCGAGAUGUGCUCCCUCGCGUUCUUUUAUGUCGAUUGCUCCGUUCAUCUUCGAAUCACACUGCAGAACAUCCAAAUCACCAUUAUUCCACUUUAAGAUUCACAUGCAAAGUCUGAUGGCUCUCUCUCUCUCUCUCUCUCUCUCUCUCUCUCUCUGUGAUAGAUACCAAUCAUCAAUUGAAGGAGGGCAGACGGUUGCUUACCUACCCAAUAGCAGUCACCAAACACCUACCCACACAUCUCCAUCUGAAGUGGACCAAACGAAACGGUGUAGUUGGAUGCGUUUGUCAUGAGCUUACGCACAACUAAUCGAAUGAGUCAAACAAAUGAGUAAUAUUCUUCAAGAAAUUAUGAAGAGGAUAUGGUAUUUAUA